UGAUGAGUUGUGAGACAGGCCCUGGGUCCUAAGCAGCCCCAGGAGACAGCGCGCAGUUCAUUUGUUUAAAUUUGCAGCUGACGGCUGCCACCUCUCUAUAGGGACCAGGCAGAGAAGCUCUCAACAUCAGGCACUGGCCAGACCGGUGACGGACAGCUACAAACCAUGAACUACCCCCUAACCCUGGACAUGGAAUUCACGAACUACAACCUGGAGAACCUGUACAUGGAAUUAGGCUACAAUGACAGCACAGAGACCCCCAAGAUGGAAAAUCAUCUCUGCUCCACAGCUGAGGGGCCCCUGCUGACCUCCUUCAAGGCCGUGUUCAUGCCCGUGGCCUAUGGCCUCAUCUUCCUCCUGGGUAUGCUGGGCAACAUCCUGGUGCUGGUGAUUCUGGAGCGGCACCGGCAAACGCGCAGCUCCACCGAGACCUUCCUGUUCCACCUGGCGGUGGCCGACCUCCUGCUGGUCUUCAUCCUGCCCUUUGCUGUGGCCGAGGGCUCCGUGGGCUGGGUCCUGGGCAACUUCCUCUGCAAGACUGUGAUAGCCCUGCACAAGAUCAACUUCUACUGCAGCAGCCUGCUCCUGGCCUGCAUCGCUGUGGACCGCUACCUGGCCAUCGUCCACGCUGUCCACGCCUACCGCCACCGCCGCCUCCUCUCCAUCCAUAUCACCUGUGCAACCAUCUGGCUGGCCGGCUUCUUCUUCACCUUGCCAGAGAUCCUCUUCGCCAAGGUCAGCCAGCCCUUUCACAACGACUCUCAGCCGCGAUGCACCUUCUCCCAAGAGAACCAAGCGGAGACCAAUGCCUGGUUCACCUCCCGCUUUCUCUACCACAUCGGAGGAUUCCUGCUGCCAAUGCUGGUGAUGAGCUGGUGUUACGUAGGGGUGGUGCACAGGCUGUGCCAGGCCCAGCGGCGCCCUCAGCGGCAGAAGGCAGUCAGGGUGGCCAUCCUAGUGACCAGCGUCUUCUUUCUCUGCUGGUCACCCUACCACAUUGUUAUCUUCCUGGACACUCUGGCGAGGCUGAAAGCCUUGGGCAAUAGCUGCGAGCUGAAUGGCUAUCUCUCCGUGGCCAUCACCAUAAGCGAGUUCCUGGGCCUGGCCCACUGCUGCCUCAAUCCCAUGCUCUACACAUUCGCUGGCGUGAAGUUCCGCAGCGACCUGUCACGGCUUCUGACCAAGCUGGGCUGCGCCGGCCCUGCCUCCCUUUGCCAGAUCUUCCCUAGUUGGCGCAAGAGCAGUCUCUCAGAGUCAGAGAACGCCACCUCCCUCACCACCUUCUAGGGCCCAACCCCCUACCCCUGCCGCCUUGUCUCUGCUUUCCUCGGAGCAGGCAGUGAUGCUGGAACUCCUUCCGACAGAAGCUGGGAUCCUAAGAGCUCACCUGGCCAGUGUCCUCACAUGGGGCAGCUGGAGGAACCAGCCCCUCUUUCCAGGAGAUCCCUGCCAGCUCUUCUCCCAGCCCCGGGCCCAGGCUGGGGUCCAGGGAGGGGAAAGCAGCCCAAAGGCAAAGCAAAGGAUACCAGCGCCCGUCUGCGUCGCCUCGGCCGGGAGGACCGCACUCACCUUCUCUGUCCUAACCAUCCAAAGUUCAAGAAACAACUUUUACAUCUGCCCCUGCUAAUAGGGAAAGUCAUUCCCCUUCCAGAAUAUACUCCAUCGUCUUACAGACCACCUACCUCCACAACCACCCACCUCUCCUGCCAAAAGAAGCUAGAAGCUGAGCACCAGGGCAUGGAUGGAGGUUAAGGCUGAGGAAAGGCCAACUGGCAGCAGCGUGUGGCCUUCAUCCAUCUCAGUGCCUAAUAAGCACAGACAUUCUUCCAGGCCCCCAGCCCAGCAGGAAGCAGGAAGCUCAGACGGACCCAGUCCCGGUAGCUGCCCCUGGCUCUGACUGAAAUGGCACUGGGCCCAGCCCCACGGCACUGGGCCCUGGAGGUCUGUAGACUGCGGGCAGACUCUAGGCGCCCUCAGGGACCAGCCAGCAUCCCAGGGAAGACCAAGGCCAGCCGCGAGGAGCCCAGCAAAGGCAAGGAACGUGCUCCUCCCCCAGCUCCAAGGAGAAGCAGGAUAAACCGAAGCCAGCUAUCUUCUCUGCCCGGGGCAGAGAGCUCCCAGGGCGGGCCAGGGCUGCAGGGUCCAGGGCCCUGGUGGCUCUGGGCACAGAUGGGGAAGGAGGCAGAUUCAUUCCUCCUUGCCCGCAUCCCCCAAAACUCUUAGAGCCCUAGAAAGGAUCCAACCACAGCAGAGGGAGCACUUAGCCAAGAGUCAGAGCAGAAAUGGAGAGCCUCGAGGAGAGAGACAGACCGAGGGGGGCCCUGGGGGGGCUCUGGGGUCACCUCAUUCAGUCCCCCGCCUGCAGGCCAGGCCAUCUCUCUGGGCUUCCACAAGAGCCACACAGCCUCCCCUUGGGCUGGGCAAUGUGACAAGCAGGCCUGGGCAGGGAAGUCCCCAGGCUCCAGGAAGCCGGGCCCUGCCUGAGAGGGUACUACUCAGAUGGAACCAGAGGAAGCUGCUCCGCGCCCGCUGAGCCUGCCCCCUGCCUGGGGAGGGCUCUCCCUCCCCUCCUCCCCAGCCUCUGGUCUGGCCAGAGGGGGACUUCAGGGACCCCUGCACUUGCUGAGGGCACCCAUCAGGUGCCCAGUCCCUUCAAGCCUGUCAGCCAAGCUCCCUAGAAGGCCCCCGGGGCCAGAGCUGGGACCUGGGGGCCUGUCUUCACCCUGGAACGGUGGGGAAGCCCUGGGGCUCCCUUUCCCUCCCAGCAUCCAAGAGUAAGCUGGGCUGUGGAGAAGCCAGACACCAAAGCAAGAAAGCAAGAAGCUGGAUUUUUAAUUUUCUCUUUUUAAUAAAAAGGCACCUAUAAAACAGGUCAAUACAGUACAGGCAGCACAGAGACCCCCGGAACAAGCCUAAAAAUUGUUUCAAAAUAAAAACCAAGAAGAUGUCUUCA